GCCGUCAACGUUUUAAAGACGUAGCCGGGAAAGAUGGCGGCACGUUUGGCAAUGCGGUGUGCCUAUGCACAAAUGGUUUCAGUGCUUCCACUCUCUAAGUCAAGUGUGUUCUCGCCAACUCGUAUCGUGUCGCAGGUGUAUAUCAAACGACCGCUGUCUGCUUCGUCACGGCUCUGUGCAGCACUUCGGUAUACAGACAAGCAUGAGUGGGUGAGCGUAGACGGUGGCGUUGGGACCGUCGGCAUCAGCAGCUUUGCUCAGGAGGCGCUAGGCGAUGUGGUGUACUGUGGCCUUCCAGAUGUUGGAACUCAGCUGUCACAAUCAGAUGAGUUUGGUGCGCUGGAGAGUGUGAAGGCAGCCAGUGAGCUGUACUCCCCUCUGACGGGCGAGGUCGUGGAGGUCAACAGCACCCUGGCCGACACUCCUGGCCUAGUCAACAAGUCCUGCUACAAAGACGGCUGGCUGGUGAAGAUGACCAUAACUAAACCAGAAGAACUCGACUCCCUCAUGGACGAAGCUGCCUAUGAACGAUACAUUAAAUCCAUCGAGGAUUAGCGGGUGUGUGUGCGGACUAAAGAGAGUGUGUGUGUGUGUGUGCGUGUGUGUCAGACGUCUCUGACGUGUGUGUGUGCAUGAGUGCACAGCUUUAUGGACUAAUGUACUUGGUAGCAGACGUUUAGCAGUGUCUCUUACAGGGUGACGGUGGGCCUGCUUCUCUCUACUGACCUGAGAGCAGUUGCCAGUGCUUCACACAGCCGGGGACAAAAUGCGCUCCAAGUUUCCCUGAACCAGUACACAUUAUGCUGACACCUUGCCCUCUACCUCGUGUUUGUAAAAUCGCACAGACAAGCGUUGGCUUCUACGUACACACACACACACACACACACACACACACACACACACUCACAGUCUCUGCACUGGAUCCAGAUUUCUGCAUUUUCUUAAAUAAAUCUUAGCACUGGAUGCUGGCAGGCCCAUGGCCGGCUGUAAAUGAGGUUUUUGAUUGGCUUCUGUCUUCAGUAAAGCUUUACACAUUAAACUCCUUUAUUGUAUGCAUUUAGCAUACCUACACACCUCCCUGUGUUCCUGUUGACGGCCUAUCGGAGGUCAGUAAGAUUCUAUGAAUGUUUGCCUGUAAAUGUAAUGGAUUGGGCCUGCUGCCAGAGUAGAUCAUUGGAGAGGGAGAGCAUUUCACAUCUUUGGUUGCAAUACUGCCUCUGGUGGUCGGCGCUGGAGUGACACUCUGACUGAACUGCUGUACUGUAUUUGUAGAUACUAACACUAUUAAAGACUCUCCUGGA